CAUUCUAGCUGUGUGCUUAGCUUAUGAAUGAUCCCAAAAAGUAUUAGAAUGAGUUGAAUAUGAUAAUUAGUUUAAAUAAAAUAAAUGAUUUUUACUCAUUAGAUUAUGGAAUUAACAUAAUUAUCAAAAUGCCUUCAAUCUAUAUUAAUAUUAUUAUAGCUUACAUUUUAGCCUUAUAUGGAAUAUUAAUUUUACCUGUCAUACUUAGUAUUCUCCCAGUUAUGCUUAGAAGGCAUAUUACUAUCAUUAUUUAUUCUUGCCAGGCAUAUAAUUUUAAAUACCCACUUCACACUGUCACUUAUAAUACCUGUUAUCCUGCUAGUCUUCGCAGCCUGUGAAGCCACUGUAGGCCUUGCACUGUUAGUUUCCAAUGCAUACGAAAUAGGUUAUGUUCACAACCUAAACCUCUUGCAGUGCUAAAAAUUGUUCUACUCACAAUCAUACUCAUUCCAACUGCAUGAUAUUCUAAAAACAAUAUAAUCUGAAUUAACUAUGCAAGCCUACUAAUUAGCAUAACAACCCACUACUUUUAAGAAUUGAACCCAAUGAAGAUAACCUAAACUUUUCAACAAUAUUCUCCAACUCACAAUGGACUCCCCUACUGCUAUUAACAUGACUACUACCCCUAAUAUUAUAGGAAGUCAACAUCACAAGAACAUGAAAAAACACACUCACAUCACUCUACUUACUCCUCACAAACAUUUCUCAUUACAACAUUUUCAGCCACAGAACUAGUUAUAUUUUAUUUGAAGCAACACUCAUUCCAGUCCUGGUCAUUAUCACCUAAUGAGGGAACCAAACAGAAUUACUAAACGCAGACACGCACCUUCCUGUUCUACACUCUAAUAGCCUCAUGGCCCCUUUCAGUUGCAUUAAUUUAUAUUCAAAACAUCACUAAAUUUUCUACUAACAUACUCUGGAGUUCAACCAAUAAUUCUUGAUCCAACACUCUCAUGAUUCGCAUGUAUUGAGCAUUUAUGGUGAAAAUACUCUUACAGGGACUCCACUUCUGGCUUCCUAAAACACACAUUGAAGCCCGCAUCACCAGAUCAAUAGUCCGUGCAGCUGUACUAUUAAAAGUAGGUGGAUAUGGUAUAAUGCAAAUCACAGCCAUUCUGACCCCAUAGCAAACUUCAUAGCCUGCUCGUUCCUGAUACCAUCCAUAUGAGGAAUAAUUAUAACAGCUUACUCUGUCUUCGCCAAACUGAUCUAAAAUCAUUAAUUGCCCGUGUAUCAGUCAAUCACGUAGCACUAGUGAUUGUAGCUGUUCUAAUCCAAGCUCCCUGAAGCUUUGAAGGAGUCCAGUCUUAAUAGUUGACCAUGGCCCAAUACCACCUAAAUUAUUCUGCCUAGCAAACUCACAUUAUCAGUGAAUUCACAGCCAUGCUGUAUUACUGGCACAAAGCCUCCAAAGGUGUUACCACUAACAACAACUUAUGUUGACUGCGAGCAACUAGCUUAGCUCUGUCAUCAACCAUCAACAUAGUGGGACAGCCGUUCCUAGUCUUAGCAUCAUGUUCAUGAUCAAGUUUAAUAGGAGCCAGUAGAUUAAUUGCUGCCCUAAACUCCCUGUACAUCCUAAAAGGUGUCUUAACAGCUGUCCUCAAUGCCCACACUUCAGUGUUUUUCUAUUACAAAGAUUGUAAAUGUGUAUUUUUAAAUCUUAAGUUUGCCUUUUAAUUUUUUCAGGAUUUGAUUUAUAUAAACUUUGGACAUUUUUAAUCUAUUGAUUGUAUUUUUUGACAGUCCUGCUGAUUCUAAUAUAACACAUCCUCCAUGAGAGCUUUGAAUUAAUGCUUUGCUCCUUCCUCUUAUCUAUUUAGUUCCUGUGGUUUUUCUUCUUCUGGUAAGAACCCAUAUGGCAGGAAUUCCCUAAAAGAAGGAGCCAUAGGGACCUUCAUUAAUUAUAUGUUCUGUAUGGUAGUCAAAAGAGGUAACAGAUCUGUUGUGUCUGAAUACACUUCUAUUCCUUUAUUUUUUUCAUAAUAUUUCUUCUUAUUUGUAUCAAAACUCAUACUGAACAAUGAGUUCUGGAUUACAAAAGAGCAGUAAUUUUUUACAUUCCCUAUAAAAGUCUUUGUCCACAAGUUAGACAAAAACACACCAGACUGCCUGUUUCUAUUUCUUUUUUAUUUGAAGAGCAGGGUUACAGAUAAAGGGAGACACGCACACACACACACACACACACCCUCCAUCCGCAGAUUCACACCUCAAAAGGUCUCAGUGGCCAGAGCUGGGCCAGGCUGAAACCAGGUGCCUGGAACUCCAUGUGGGUCUCCUGCAUGGUCACAGGGGCACAAGCACUUGGGCCGUGUUGCACUGCUUUCCCAGGUGCAUCAGCAGGGAGCUGGAUGGGAAGUGGAGCAGCACCUGCCGCUUUAGGGACUGCCCUCUGGAGUAUUCGGAGGCUGCAGUGCAGCAAAGUGGCCUGGCUGCCAACCCCUCCGGCUACGGACCCCUCCCAGAGCUCCGAGGAUGGUCCUGCAUGGAUGGCCACCUGGCUCCCCCAAUGAAAGGCCAGCUUAGAAGAAAAGCUGGAUGGGAGAAGUUUGCAAGGCGCCUUGUGCUGCUGUCACAGAAAAUGGAAGCUGGAUUAUGGGCAUGGCAGUUGCAGCAGGAAGAAGAAAGGAAGCAGAAAAGUGCUCUUAAAUCCAAAGGGGCUUCACUGCACAGCCUGCUUUCAAGUCAAUAAAAGCAAGUCUGUGGCACAGAGGAUUACAGCCCUGACCUGCAGCGCUAGCAUCCCAUAUGGGCGCCAGUUCAAGUCCUGGCUGCUCUACUUCCGAUCCAGCUCCCUACUGAUGGCCUGGGAAAGCAGUGGAAGAUGGCCCAAAUGCCUGGGCCCCUGUACCCAUGUGGGAGACUCGGAAGAAGCUCUUGGCUUCAGCCUAGCCCAGCCUCGGUCAUUGUGUCCAUUUGGGAGUGAACCAAAAGAUGGAAGACCUUUCACUCUCUGUGUCUCUACCUCUUUCUGUAACUCUGCCUUUCAAAUAAAUAAUAAUAAUUAAUUAAUUAAUUUUUUUAAAAAAGAACCAAGCCCCUUGAAGGAUCAGACUCCUUGGAAGAUUAAAAAAAAAAAAAUCCUGCCCUCUUUAAAAAAAAAAUAACAGUAGAGCAGGUGGACUUGAACUGGUGUUCUUGUUGGAUGCUGGCAUGGCAGGCUCUGACGUAACCUGCUGCACCACAGUGCAGGUCCCUCACUGAAUAGAUUUCAUUCUUUGAUGGCUACCUCAGUUUAAGGGGGUGAUAAAGGAUAGCCAUGCAAGAAAGAUUAUUGUCAUGUUAAGGAAGGAUGCUCAGGAACUCAAAACUCUAAAUGCAAACCAUACUAGUUUGGAGGAAACAUUAAUUCCUCAGAUCUGAUCAGUACACAUUUUGUACAUUCAUUAACUGUCGCUCCCCCUCUUCGCGGAGGAACGACACAGGACCCUGCGUUGUUCUUUCGUCUGCUCGGCCCUCCUCGGGUUUGCUGCUGGUUCUUCCUGGGUUGGCUACCGUCCCUUCCACCUCCGUGGAAGGGCGGUUCCCCCUGCCACUUUCCCCACUUCCGCGGGGGAGCGGCACACCGCCGGCCGGCUCUCUCGGGGGCUGCUCAGGUGUUCCUUCAGAUAGAUGUUCCUGGUGCAUGUUGUCUCUCUCCUCCUUUAUAGUCCUCUUCCACCAAUCCCAACUCUGCUACCCACACGCCGAGUACGCUGCUCUCCUCCAAUCAGGAGCAGGAUCAGCUCCUGCAGGUUACUGGUCGAACUGGAGGCAACUGUGUAGAAGCUGUUUACUCCUCUCCCAGCGCCAUGUUGUGGGAGAGCAGAUGCAUAGAAUAAGUCUUAAUUCCAGUAACUUAGUCUAGUCCGAGUUGCUCCCCACAAUUAACAUCUCACUUUAUACCCCUCAAGUAUGUACAAUUACUAAGUUGUAAUAAAGAGUGUUUUUAUAUAAGGAGAUGGAAAUGGUAACCUAAUUUGAUCACCACAUAUUGUAUAUAGGUGUAGAAUUUAUAACUAAAAAAAAAUAGAUGUUUACAUUUGUCAGGUUCCUAUUGUAUGUCACAGGACCAACGAUAGAGAAAUUGCAUGGCUCCCUCUUGUAAAUCACACUGUGGCACAGAGGGUUAACGCCCUGGCCUGAAGCACUGGCACCCCAUAUGGGCACUGGUUCAAGACCUGGCUGUUCCACUUCCAAUCCAGCUCUCUGCUGUGGCCUGGGAAAGCAAAAGAAGAUGGCCCAAGUCCUUGGGCCCCUGCACCCAAGUGGGAGACCCAGAAGAAGCUCCUGGCUUUGGAUUGGCACAGCUCUGGCCAUUGCGGCCAAUUGGGGAAUGAACCAGCAGAUGAAAGACCUCUCUCUCUCUCUCUGCCUCUCCUCUCUGUGUAACUCUGACUUUCAAAAUAAAAAAAAAGUAAUAAAUAAAUAAAUAUCCUGUUUUUCCUCCCUAAAAGAUGUAUGGUGUUUCUAUUCCCAAGGCAUCCAUGACUGUGCUCUUGUCUUGGUGUUUGUUUCUCCUCCAUCAUCACAUUUUGACUGUUGUUUUGUCUGAGUGCAGUGGGUUUUACUGGUGACAAUUGCCAAGGUAGGGCUCCCUAAGCCCCUCCUGUGCUCUAGGGGAUCUUGGACGGGAAAUGUGCAGAGGAGAAGCUCUCAAUGGGUGGAGACUGAGUGGGGACAGGGAAUCCCCAUGAGCCGAGGGCCCCUCUCUCUCUGGUGGCCACAGUGCGGCUAGUGGUCUCACUGGGACUUGUGGUCCAGGAGGUCAUACUUUUUGGAGGCUCUAUGGACCCUAAGGUCCUCCACUCCGGUGCUGUAGCCAAAUUCAUUGUUAUAUCAGGAAACAAGCUUGACGGAGUGCUCAUUGAGGGUAAUGCCGUCCCCAACAUCAAAGGUAGAGAAGUGGGAGUCACUGUUGAAGUCACAGGAGACGACCUGGUCUGCAGUGUAACCCAGGAUGCCUUUCAGGGGCUCUCUCUCUCUCUCUCUCUCUCUAAAUACACACACACACAUGUAUAUAUACACACAUGCACAUAUGUAUGCAGUUUUUUAAGGGAGGAUAAAACAUAAUCUUAGAAGAUUUAAGUCAAGGAGCUUCUGGAAUUAUCUGAGAGGUCACAUGUGUUUACUGGUGACAGUAAAAUUGAGUUAACUGUACAGAGAGAAAAAGCAGUUCCCAUACAGAGUUGAGAGUUAGGUGAUUGUUGGUUGAACUGUAAC